CAUUUUCCCUUUCACGUCUCCACCGUCGUCGAUUACCCUACGACCCACAGGUGUGGUUCCAAUCCGCGUCUUUCUUAACUUUGCGCGCGCAAUCUCUCUCUUCCCCCCUAACAGUGCAGUGUGCAAACCGAACCGCGCAAGACAGGCGUCGCGCGCGCACGUGACGUCAAAACGCCGCCCGUGUGUCGCGGCAAUGAGGCACUGUCAUUUUCCGUUUUACCGCGCUCGCUCCGUGAUCCCGUACCCUACUGCUGUUUUACAGUACGACGUGACUGCGUGAAUGUGCGUGUGCGCCGUACACAUAAAUAAAUUAUAAUUAAUAAUUAUAUUUCAUAACAAUUACCAACGCCGUUUUCGCGCUCGCGGAUCGUUUUUUCAGUUCGUGCAAUCGUGCCCUUAGUCUUUCGCGUAGAUCGAUCGGGCGGGCUGUUAUGCGACCGCGAUGUGCGUGCAACGGUGACGGUUCAUAUUUAUUAUUAAAAUCACGCCCGCGAAAAAGUAUUUUAUCUGUUAAUAUUAUUUUUUGCUUCUUUUGUCCUCCGUGUUCUGUUUCCAUUGCCACGCAGCUCGGGAAGAAAAUUUAAAAGCCAGGUCGUCGAUUCUUGGCACCGACAAUCGGUGUAACGGACGACCCUUCUCGGCGCUAUAGUAAUGUCCCGAUAAUAUGGUCAAGUCUAGGUUUCUCGGGAAACCGCCAAAGGCGCGAUGUCAGCGCACGAUGAUCCGAGUCGGUGUAUCUGAUUUUGUGGACGUCGAGGCCAAGAACGCCCGAUUGAUAGCUAUUGCGCUCAAUGUAUUUCGGAAAACGUUCGAAAAGGACGGAGAGCAGCAACAGGAGUUUGCUGGGUUUAGCAACAGCGACUGCGAAGAAACUGCCAAUAAGCUACGAGAGACUUGUGAUCAAAAUGCCGCGCCAUACGACCAACGGGGCAAGUACAACACUGACUCAGUUAUGGUUCAACCUAGUAUUAUAAGUAAAAUGAAUUGUCCAAAAUUAAAAAAAGAAGAAAAUCCAUUAUGCGAACUUAAUACUGCAAAUAAAAACACUAGUUUAUCUUCAGUUGUAUCCUGCUUGGAUGAUAGUCUUAAUUAUACUUUUGCAAAGUCAUGCAAAGGAGGUCCCCUGAACAUAAACCAAACUAGUGGUGAAGUACAAUGUGGUGUUUGUGGUGUUAUUCGUUUUUAUAAAUCAAUAGCAAAAACCAAAAAAUAUGGAGCAUAUAGUUGCGAUUCUUGCAGAAAGUUUAUUGCUAAAUCAAUUGAAAAUCAAAAUUCUAUUAAUCGUUGUAAUAAUGAUAGAGGCAUAGGACAGUGUCGUAUUCCAAAUGGGCUUAAAUCUCAAAAUGGUGUAACGAGAAUUGUAUCAACUGAUUCUCGAUGUAAAGCAUGUUGGCUUCAAAUGUGUCUGAAGCGAUUCAAGUUACCAGAAUCAACUGUUCAACGACUAUUAGAUACACUUCCUAGGGAGAUAGCUCCAGUUCUUAUGUGGGUUUUAAAGAAACCUGAUCCAUGGACCAUAAAUAUAGGAAAUUGUCUUCAAAAAAAAAUUAUUCGAGAGUAUAAACUUCACAAAGAGGUUAUUAGUGCUUUACAAGAUGAUGACAGUGAUGAAAGCAAUCAAGAUUUGUAUAGUAGUGAAAACGACGUAGAUGAAUGUUCUGAUAAGUCUGAUUCUGAUAUGGAAUACAAUAUAAAAAAAGCAUACAAUAGAAAGAAACCAAAGCUCGAGGAAAAAUUAACCAAUAACAAAAUAAAGAGAAAAAAAAUUAAAAAAGUUGAAGUUGGUAGCGAUAUUCAACCAAAUUAUAAUAAACGAGUUGCAUCUGUACGAUCAGUUAACACUGCAACGUCAAACUUAUUAGAAACUAAAGAAUGCAAAUAUUUUAAUAAAAAAGGACCCAGAGUUAAGCACGUGUGUCGUACUGCUGAGUCUGUUUUGGGACAAACCAUAGCUACUUUUGGAAAUGUUUUUGAAAAUUCUCUAGAUGAUGAUGAUAAUCAAACGUUACCAGUGGAUAUCAUAAAUGCAUUCCACCAUACUAGAAGUGAUGAAAAUAUGAUAAAUUUUUCAGAAGUUUCCAAUGUUAAGGACCCGUCUAGUAAAUGCUCAAAAAUGCCGUUACCUGUUGAUAAUGAACAAGAUUUUUAUGUAUCUUUUCAACCAAAAAGAACACUUCAAGAUCUAAUGAUGCAAGAUCAUUUAAAUGCUAAUAUAGAUAAUGCUGAAGAUGACAAAACUAUUGAUUUAAAUUUUCGUGAAAGUUAUGACCCAGAUAGAAUUGCUGAAAAUGGAUUUGCUAUUGUGGGUACUGAGCCAUUAUCAAUACCUCGAAGAGCAGUGUGUUUCUUAUGUGGAAGUGCUGGAAUGGAAAAAUUAAUUCACUGCAUUUCUUGUUGUGAACCUUACCACAAGUUUUGUGUUGAUGGUGUUGGUGUUGGAAUUUCAUCACAUGAAAGCGAAUGGUCUAAAAUUAGUUGGACAUGUCCAAAAUGUAAGGUUUGUAAAGGUUGUCAAAGUAGAGGUAAAACACGACCCAAAUUAACUUGUCAACGAUGUAAAGAUUCCUAUCAUGAUCAUUGUCUUGUUGACAAAAUUGUUUAUGAUCGAAAUAGGCCAUGGGCUUGUCCACCUUGUAGAAAAUGCAAAAGUUGUCAUGUACCACAAGUUGAUUACUUUGUUGGUAAUUUAGCUCUGUGUGUAAUGUGCUUUCAAUUAAGACAACGCGGUAAUUAUUGUCCGUUAUGUCAAAAAUGUUACGAGACUGAUGAUUAUGAAACAAAGAUGAUGGAAUGUGCAGUUUGUAAACAUUGGGUUCAUUCUAAAUGUGAAGGCUUAUCAAAUGAAAAAUAUGAAGUUUUGAGCACAUUACCUGAAGUAAUUGAGUAUGUUUGCAAGAAUUGUACUACUGAUAGCACUAUUCCGUGGCGAGCUUAUGUUGAUGAAGCAUUAAAAAGUGGUUUUAUGACUGUUCUAUCAAUUCUGGGAAAAAAUAAAAAAAUAUGUGAUCUUAUUAAAUGGAGUCCUCAAAAACAAUCACCAGGUUGUGUAUGUAAGAAAUUGAUAAUACCAAAAUUUCCAUCACUUGAUGGACCUAAUGUUACUACAGUUAAAACUACUGAUGAAAUUCCUAAACAAUGCGUUUGUCAUGGAUUGGAAGGAUGGUCUAAAGGUACUCCAACACUAGUCACAAUAAAACAGAAAGUCAAUAACAACGAAUAUGAUUCCCUUUGUCAAUUUAAUGAUGACAUGUUAAGUACUAUUGAUAAAUUUGAUGUGCCUGAACUUCGGUUAGAAUAUAAGAAAAUUGUUACUGACAUUUUCCCGUGGUUCAGCUCUGAUUUUGAAAAGAACUCUCCUCGUAAAAGUUCCUACUCAUCUAGCACAUUACCAAUCAUAAGUCCACCUAAGUUUAUUCCAAAGUUUUCAUUUAAUUUACUGAAUUCUGAUAUAAAAGCUCUACAUGAUAUUAUUGGUAAUGAUGAAAAUAAUUAUUAUUUAACACCAAAAAUAGAUGAUACAAGAGUGUGCCAAUUUUGCAAGAAAUUAGGUGAAGGUGUUCCAAUGCGAGAAGGGAGACUUCUUUAUUGUGGUGAUAAUAUGUGGGCUCAUGCCAACUGUGCUUUAUGGUCUUCUGAAGUCUUUGAAGAAAUUGAUGGAUCGUUACAAAAUGUUCAAUUAGCUCUAUCUAGAGGUAAACUUGUUCGAUGUGUGGUUUGCAACGAAAAAGGGGCAAGUGUUGGAUGUUGUUAUCGAAAUUGUGUGAAGACAUAUCAUUUUCAAUGUGCUAGAAAAGUAUUUUGUGUUUUUAAUGAAAAUAAAACUGUUUAUUGUAAUAACCAUGCAUCUGAUACUCGCUGUAGCGUUAAAGACUUUACAUUGGAAAGACUGAUUUAUAUAGAACAAGAAGACAUCAAACAAAAGCGCAAAGAAAGUUCAGAGAUUCAUAUUUUAAUAGGUUCAUUAUAUAUUAGUUGUAUUGGAUAUUUACAUCCAUUUCUAUCAGACAGCGUUGAAUCUAUUUUUCCUAUUAAUUUUAAAGCCAAACGAUACUAUUGGUCAACAAAAGAACCAUGGAAAUUAAUUCAGUACAAUUGGACUACCAAGAUUGAAAAUUAUGUAGAAAAAUUAAAAUUUGACCAACUUAACUACACUAUUGAUCAUAAUAAACAAGAAAACGAAAUUGAUCUUACCAAAGAUGAUUGUAAACAAGAUUUAGAUAUUAAUUUGUUUACAUCUAUUCAGGUGGAUAACUUAGAAAAGUGUUAUGAAGCUUUAAAAAGAAAAUGUCCAAUUGAUUCUACUUUUCAAGCUAAACGUUGUAAAAUGGAUAGUAAUAUUGAUUGUUUUGCUUACCCUAACUAUGAUACAGAUUCUGAAUUUGAAUCCACAAUUGAUGAAACUUGUAGAAUGGAAAUAUUUUCAAAUAGUUAUGGAUUAAAACCAAAAGCAAUUCCCCAAGUUGAUGGGUUGUAUGAUUCAAGUGACUGUGAAUCUGAAUUUGAAAUAUAUCAACUUGAUAAUUUGACUGAUGUUAUUGAUGAUUGCACAAAUGACCAACCAGUAAAAUGUAAUAGAUGUCAUCGGACUUAUAGAACUAGUUUAAGUUAUGAAAGACAUUUGGUAAAUUGUAAUUUUGACUAUGAUAUAGACAGUGACAGUGAAUCCAGUGAUGAUGACAAAUGUGACAAGAAAAUUGAAGAUGAUUGUUUGCCACUUGCAGAUGAAGUAGUUGUACAAGUAGAAGAUCAUAAUAUUGUACCUCAACAAAAUUAUAUUUCUGCCACUCAAGUUGAAUCUGAACAUCAGCAACAGCAACAAGAGGAACCACCUCACACUGUUAUACUUCAGCCUAUUCACACUUCAUUUGUCCAACCUUCUGUGUCUGAUGUCCAGUACAUUACAAUAAAUAGUACUCCAACACAAUCUGUUUUGCCCUGUUUUCAAUAUCAACCUUCACCAACUGUUAUAGUACAACCACCAGUUGUUGAUCCUACUACGGUAGUUCUAAACAGUCCUCCGUUGGAUAUGUAUGUCUCUCAAAGUAAUAAUUUAUUAUUUAGUUCACAACCUAUGAUAGUUGGUUUAGAUCAAUAUACUACUAUGUCUUCAAAUUAUACUUUUACGCAAUCGCCUCAAAUUUAUCAACCUACCAAACCUGCUGAACCAAUUACAAAUCAAUAUUAUAUCAUUAAUACAGAUCCAACUAUUUCAAAUGAGUGGUCGUAUAAUAUAACAUCUGAAAUAAAAACUGAACGUAAAGUAGUGUGUACCCAGCCCAAAGUCUACUCUAAUCGCAAAUUGCGAUUAACUGAGUGUUAUGAUACAAAAGAAAAUAUACCUAAUACCUUAGUGCAAUCUGUAGAAAAUCAGGUGUAUGGUGUUAUGAAUAUCAUGAGAAACGUAAAUCCAGAACCAUGGAAAAAACCAACUAUGAAAACAUAUCCUUCUAAAAGAAUUGAACAGAAAAUUUCACCCAGAAGAAUUGAAGAAAAGAAAAUUCUUCCAAAAUGUGUUGAACCACCACAUUUAUUUAAAAUAUCAACUCCUGUAAACAAUGCAGGUAUAGUCAAACCUUCAACAACUGUUAUGAAUACAGUGAUGCCUAUUUCAGUACAGACAGAAUCAAUAGAGUCCUCUCCGGUAAAAUUGGGUUACUCAUCACCACCUAACGAUAUGUCAAAUUUUACAUCAUGUUCAUUGAAAUCAAAUAGUACUUUAUCUUCACCUCUGAAAACUGAACUAAAACCUUCAGAUUCAUCUGUAAAAACCUUAAAAGUGCUACCUUCUCAAAAAAUAACAAAAGAAGUUAGUUCCAGAAAAUUAGAAACUUUUAUGCAGCAGUUAGAGAAGCCACCGCAAUCACCUGUACAAAAUGUUGAAAAAAAAUCAAACAUGUCUAAUGUAGAAACUUGUUCAUCCACAUUAGUUACAGAUAUAAAAACAUUGCCAUCAUUAAAUUUAGAUAAGCAUUCAAGUACUUCAAUGGUGGUUAAUAAAACUAUGAAAAAUGAUGAACCUAUGGAAGUAGAAUUACUAUCACCUAGUCCUAGUCACUUUGGAAAUGAUAAAUUACACUUCGAAAAUAAUUUAUCUCCUAACACUUAUGAAAAUAUUUUACCAAAUAAUCAUAAUGUUACUGGAGAUAAUUAUAAAAAAUGUAGUUCAUCAAACAAAGAAAUUACUUUAAGUAUUCAAGAAAACUCAUCUCAAAUAAAAACACAAACUGACCUUCAUAAAACCUAUCCAGAACGUCAAUGGUCUUCAUCUAUAACAGAACGCAAACAGACAGUACCUCACCUCAUGUUUGAAAUGAGUUCUGCUGAUGGCGUCUUCUGUAAAGAUCGUUCACUUGUUGAAAUUUGGUCUAAAUUAUUUGAUGCUGUUCAGGUAUCGAGGAAUGAACGUAAAAUGCCUCAAUUGUCAUCAAGCAAUCCAUAUGCGAGUGAUAUAACAGCAGCAAUUCGAUCUCUAGGCCUAAGCAAUAAUUUUUUAAAGUAUCUUUUAGAACAACUUUCGGGUGCAAAAGAAUUUGUUAAAUACAAACCAGUAUAUCAUAAAGGUGCUGAUGUUGUUGGCUCCACCUCAGAAAAUAAUUCAGGGUGUGCUCGUACUGGAAUAGUAGUUAGAAAAAACAGAUAUGAUAUGUUCAGUUGGUUAGCUUCCAGGCACAGAAAACCUCCAAAGCUGUUAGCAAAUAAUGAAGACUUUGGUGGUCGCCGUGCUAAUUCCUUGCCCAAUGAGAUGAAAUUUAGAAACAUGAAUAAAGCAUUAACUACGACUAUUGGUGUAUAUAGGUCAGAUAUUCAUGGGCGUGGAUUGUUUUGUUUGAGGGACAUUGAACAAGGGGAAUAUGUUAUUGAGUAUACAGGAGAGGUUAUUCGAUCAGAAGUAAGUGAUGUGCGUGAGAGACUUUAUAAUAAAAAAGGGAUUGAUUGUUACAUGUUCAGAAUCGAUCAGGAUAUUGUUGUAGAUGCUACAAUGAAUGGAAACUCUUCUAGAUUUAUUAAUCACUCAUGCGAACCUAAUUGUCAUUCAAAAAUUGAAACAAUCCAUGGUAAAAAGCAUAUAAUGAUUUUGGCUAAAAGAAAAUUACUGCAAGGCGAAGAACUCACAUAUGACUAUAAAUUCCCAUUAGAGGAUGAUAAAAUUACGUGCCAUUGUCUUUCAAGGAAAUGUCGUAAAUAUUUAAAUUAACGUUAGUUUUUUUAGUAUUUCUGUGACUUUCAAAAUUAUUUGCCA